AUCAAUAUCGUCGCCAUCGAAAUUAAAGGGGAAACAGACAACGACAAGUCAACGACUUAGAAAAUCAAAUUUUUGAAAAAACACACACACACAAAAUUUUCACAUCAUGCUAAUAACAACAACAACCGAUUCAGUCAUGACCACAAACAAUGAUGGCGGAACAGGACAAUGGCAACGUAGUUGCCAAGCUGCAGUUUCAGUACGACAUGCCUUCAAGACAUAUGGCAAAAAGAAGAAUGCCUUGCCAGUAUUGAAUAAUUUGAAUAUGACAGUACCAAAGGGAACAAUUUAUGGCCUUUUAGGUGCUUCAGGUUGUGGCAAAACCACAUUACUGUCCUGUAUUGUUGGCCGACGCCGCAUCGAUUCCGGUGAAAUAUUUGUGCUGGGCGGCAAACCCGGUUCCCGGGUAUCCGGAGUGCCCGGCAAACGUGUCGGCUAUAUGCCACAGGAAAUUGCCCUAUACGCUGAGUUCUCUAUACGCGAAACAAUGAUGUAUUUCGGUUGGAUUUUUGGCAUGGAAACAAAAGAGAUCAAUGAACGUUUACAGUUUUUGUUGAAUUUUUUGGAUUUACCCUCGGAAAAGAGAUUAGUGAAAAAUCUCAGUGGUGGCCAACAGAGAAGAGUAUCAUUUGCUGUGGCCUUGAUGCAUGAUCCGGAAUUGUUGAUUUUGGAUGAACCCACAGUGGGUGUGGAUCCCCUGCUGCGUCAAAGUAUAUGGAAUCAUUUGGUUCACAUAACAAAAUCAGGACAAAAGACAGUUAUUAUUACCACACAUUAUAUUGAAGAGGCCAGACAGGCGCAUACGAUUGGUCUAAUGCGUUCCGGUAAUCUAUUGGCCGAAGAAUCACCUAGUGUUUUACUUUCCAUGUACAAAUGCAUCAGUUUAGAGGAUGUUUUCUUAAAACUUUCCCGUCUUCAGUCACAAAAGGGCGAUGUAUCUCAGGUCAAUUUCAGUAAUAAUAUUUCAUUACAUGCCAUGGGCUUCGGCAGUAAAAUGGACAAACCCAGUGGCAGUCAAGAGGGUGGCGUUGUCGGUCUCAAUUUCCAUCAAAGCAAAGAAAUCCUCAUCAAUGAUACCAAUGGAUCCAUAUAUACGCUAAAUCAAGAACCCUAUGAACCUCCACCAAACAAGAAGAAUCCCAAUGAUGAAGAAAGCUGUCAGGAUUGUUAUGCCAAUUUGUGCAAGGUUACAACCAAGGGCAAAAUCAAGGCUUUACUAAACAAAAACUUUUUACGUAUGUGGCGUAAUGUUGGUGUGAUGCUAUUCAUUUUUGCCUUACCGGUUAUGCAGGUUAUUCUGUUCUGUUUGGCCAUUGGUCGGGAUCCAACUGGUUUGAAUUUGGCUAUUGUUAAUGGUGAAAUGAAUAAUACGGAAACAUGUUACUGGGAUGAUGGUUGCCACUUCACCAACUUGGGCUGUCGCUAUUUAAAUCAUCUAAAUCACAGUGUGGACAAGACAUAUUACACGGACAUAGAGGAUGCAAAAGAAGCGGUACGACUGGGCAAUGCAUGGGGUGCCAUUUAUAUAACGGAAAAUUUCACAGAUGCCUUUACUGCCAGAGCUGCCUUGGGUCGUGAUUCGGACGAUGAGACCAUUGAUCAAUCGGAAAUUAAAGUCUGGCUGGAUAUGUCGAAUCAACAGAUUGGUGUAAUGCUUAAUCGUGAUAUUAUGUUGGCGUAUCGUGACUUUGCCAUGGGUCUAUUGGGUCAGUGUGGUAAUAAUCCAAAAUUGGGUGAUGUUCCAAUUCAAUUUAAGGAACCCAUCUAUGGUACAAUGAAUCCAUCGUUUACUGAUUUCGUAGCACCUGGUGUUAUAUUGACCAUUGUUUUCUUCUUGGCCGUUGCUUUGACUUCAUCCGCAUUGAUUAUUGAACGUACUGAAGGUCUCUUGGAUCGUUCCUGGGUAGCUGGUGUUGCACCAAGUGAAAUUCUACUCUCCCAUGUGCUGACACAAUUCGUGGUAAUGUGUGGCCAAACCACAUUGGUGCUCAUCUUUAUGUUGGUGGUCUUUGGUGUUACCAAUAAUGGUGAUUUGAUUUGGGUCGUUGUACUGACACUGCUACAAGGUCUUUGCGGUAUGUGCUUCGGUUUCCUUAUCUCGGCAGUGUGUGAACUUGAACGUAAUGCCAUUCAAUUGGCUUUGGGUUCAUUCUAUCCAACACUGCUGCUGUCCGGUGUUAUUUGGCCCAUUGAGGGUAUGCCAAUUGUGCUGAAAUAUAUUUCCUUGUGUCUGCCUUUGACCCUGGCCACCUCAUCAUUGCGUUCAAUAUUAACACGAGGAUGGGAAAUUGCCGAAACAGAGGUGUACACCGGUUUCCUGAGUACUUUAGCCUGGAUAUUAGGAUUCUUAAUUUUAACAUUAGUGGUGCUGCGUACAAAACGAAAUUAAAAUGUUCGUU